AUGCUAUAUGUCUGCCUGUUCAGCCAAUCCGUCCUGUUGCUCAUGUUCCAGUUUGUAUAUCGAUAUGCUAUGGUGACUAGGAACUCCUUCCUCAGCCGGCUCAACUUCCGGAAAUGCGCUGCCCUAUGUUUUCUGCUUUUUGUCGCAUUUGCAGUAGCCUGGACCCUGGAUACUCAUUUGUCUAUGGGAGUUGUACAUGAAGACGUCUUCGCCGUAAUGUCAGGAAUUUAUCAGCGACAAUUCGAAGGAAAUCUAUCGGCUAUUGGGUAUCUGGGGCAGAGCUAUGAUCCUUCCGCGAACAGCCGCCUCUGGGUGGCCUAUUUCGGCACAUGCAACCUAUUAGCGAUGCUCGCCGUCAGCUGGGCGGUGAUCAUCUACUCGGGGUGGAAGGUGUACAAGACGCUACACGCCUCCAGCAAGGUCAUUAGCGAGAAGACCAGGCGGCUGCAGAAGGAGCUGUUCAAGGCGUUGAUCAUACAGCUAACCAUCCCGCUCUUCUUCAACUACACCCCGAUGGGGGUGCUCUUCUUCUCGGCUAUGAUUGGGAUACCUUUGAAACUAGAGCUGAUUAUAGCUUGGACGACCACAACGCACUUUUCGAUGGGAGCCGUCGGUGAGGACGUGUCACAGGCUAUGAGACACAUUUUCACCACCAACCUGGGAAUGGACAACAUCCCGAACACCGGAUUUCUUGGCCAGAGCUACGAUGCACUGAUAAUACAGCUCCUCAUCCCGAUGACGUUCAACUACUUCCCGAUGGGUUCGGAAGAAGCUGAUCCGUUGGGCUUUGUGCAAACAUGGUCAAGUCAGCUCCGAUUGGUCAAAAACCAUGCCGAAGCCUUCGAGCUCCCAUCACCGAUCCGCUUCCAU